AUGUGGAACGCGACGCCCAGCGAAGAGCCGGAGCCUAACAUCACCCUGGACCUGGACUGGGACGCUUCCCCAGGCAACGACUCACUGUCUGAGGAACUGCUGCCGCUGUUCCCCGCGCCGCUGCUGGCGGGCGUCACCGCCACCUGCGUGGCGCUCUUCGUGGUGGGCAUCUCGGGCAACCUGCUCACCAUGCUGGUGGUGUCCCGCUUUCGCGAGCUGCGCACCACCACCAACCUCUACCUGUCCAGUAUGGCCUUCUCCGAUCUGCUCAUCUUCUUGUGCAUGCCGCUGGACCUCGUCCGCCUCUGGCAGUACCGGCCCUGGAACUUCGGCGACCUGCUCUGCAAACUCUUCCAGUUUGUCAGCGAGAGCUGCACCUACGCCACCGUCCUCACCAUCACAGCGCUGAGCGUCGAGCGCUACUUCGCCAUCUGCUUCCCUCUGCGGGCCAAGGUGGUGGUCACCAAGGGCCGCGUGAAGCUGGUCAUCCUUGUCAUCUGGGCCGUGGCCUUCUGCAGCGCGGGGCCCAUCUUCGUGCUAGUGGGCGUGGAGCACGAGAACGGCACAGAUCCCCGGGACACCAACGAGUGCCGGGCCACCGAGUUCGCUGUGCGCUCUGGGCUGCUCACAGUCAUGGUGUGGGUGUCCAGCGUCUUCUUCUUCCUACCGGUAUUCUGCCUUACUGUGCUCUACAGUCUCAUCGGGAGGAAGCUGUGGCGGAGGCGCGGGGAUGCAGCGGUGGGCGCCUCCCUCAGGGAUCAGAACCACAAGCAGACAGUGAAGAUGCUUGCUGUGGUGGUGUUUGCUUUCAUCCUCUGCUGGCUGCCCUUCCACGUGGGAAGAUAUCUCUUUUCCAAGUCCUUCGAGCCCGGCUCUCUGGAGAUCGCUCAGAUCAGCCAGUACUGCAACCUGGUGUCCUUCGUCCUCUUCUACCUCAGCGCUGCUAUCAAUCCCAUUCUGUACAACAUCAUGUCCAAGAAGUACCGGGUGGCGGUGUUCAAACUUCUAGGAUUUGAAUCAUUCUCCCAGAGAAAGCUUUCCACUCUGAAGGAUGAGAGUUCCCGGGCCUGGACAAAGUCGAGCAUCAACACAUGACACCGCAUGCAUCGCAUCUCUCUGUCAUCGCUCAUUGCUCCACACCAGAAGCCAUAGCCACGCGGGACUUGGGAGGAGGCAGAAAGUCAGUUUGGGGGUUAGAGACAAAUGGAUCUGGAAACAAUUGGGGUGGGGAGUAGAGCCAGAUGGGCAGGGUCCGUGCAGAUUGAUCUGCUUGUGCGCCCACUCAUGUGCAACCCCUGCACACCUGUGUCUGUGAUUUUUGCAUUUGGAGCUACUGGCAGCUUUGCAGCUCA